CUUGGGAAAUAUCCAGUACCAUGUUCAUUCCGGAAAUGACGAAGGCAACAGAGUUUACUUAAGACUGCGGAACGCUAGAUCUGCUGGCAGUACACACGUGCUGUUCCACAGGACACUACGGAAGACCUCCUCAGGUCUGAACGACAAAUUUUAAUCAUAAGGCUAAACCAUUUGUGCCCAAGCCUGCCAACGGAAGAACCUCAACUGACUACACGUCGGACAAUAGUACGAGACCCUUCACGGUCGACUUGGGAGCGGAGUAACAAGGACAUUCUAGCCCGCUGUUACUGCGCAGCAACAGAAGGCUGUCGUUCCGUAAGCUAACAUUAAUUUACGUCUCGUCUACACGCCUCCAGAAGCAGGAGUCGGACAUUGUGCUAUAUAAUAAAUUGUCUCCAAAUCAUCAUGGCUGACUACUUAAUUAGUGGACAAACAGGAUACGUGCCUGAAGAUGGUUUGACGGGACAGCAACUUUUCAAUUGUGGAGACGGUCUUACUUACAAUGACUUCCUGAUUCUCCCAGGAUAUAUUGACUUCACCGCAGACCAGGUGGAUCUGACUUCUGCUCUGACCAAACUCAUCACUUUGAAAACGCCUCUGGUGUCAACGCCUAUGGACACUGUCACUGAGUCCGGAAUGGCGAUUGCCAUGGCUCUCACGGGGGGCAUUGGCUUCAUCCACCAUAACUGCACUCCAGAAUUCCAAGCCAAUGAAGUGCGCAAGGUCAAGAGGUACGAGCAGGGCUUCAUUACGGACCCGGUGGUGAUGAGCCCAAACGAGCACGUGCGGGACGUCUUCCAGGCCAAGGCACGCCACGGCUUCUGCGGCAUCCCCAUCACAGACAACGGGCAGAUGGGCGGGCGCCUGGUGGGCAUCAUCUCCUCGCGGGACAUCGACUUCCUCAAGGAGGAGGAGCACGACUUGCCCCUCAGCGAGGUCAUGACCAAGCUGGAGGAUUUGGUGGUGGCUCCAGCAGGAGUGACUCUGAAAGAGGCCAAUGAGAUCCUACAAAGGAGCAAGAAAGAUGCAUGCCAAAUAUAUGACUUUCCUCCGAACAGUCAGAGGUCUCUACAGGGCAAGCUGCCCAUCGUGAACACAGAGGGUUGCCUGGUGGCCAUCAUCGCGCGCACAGACCUGAAGAAGAACAGAGACUUCCCGCUGGCCUCCAAAGACUCACGCAAGCAGCUGCUGUGUGGCGCUGCCAUCGGGACGCACAACGACGACCGCUACCGACUCGACCUGCUGGUACAGAGUGGCGUGGACGUAGUUGUGUUGGACUCCUCUCAGGGCAACUCUGUCUUUCAGAUAAACAUGAUCAAAUACAUCAAAGAGAAGUACCCCACCGUACAGGUCAUCGGAGGCAAUGUGGUGACGGCGGCGCAGGCCAAGAACCUGAUCGACGCCGGAGCGGACGCCCUGAGAGUAGGCAUGGGCAGCGGCUCCAUCUGCAUCACUCAGGAAGCGCCCCCUACUGUUCCUCCUGAAAUAAAGCUCCACAGCCCCAAAACCCCAACUACUGUAACGGGAUACUGCAUGUUGGCAUGUGGACGACCACAGGCCACAGCAGUGUACAAGGUGGCAGAGUACGCCAGGCGCUUUGGUGUGCCAGUCAUCGCUGAUGGUGGCAUCCAAACAGUCGGCCACAUUGCCAAGGCCCUGGCUCUGGGAGCCUCCACAGUGAUGAUGGGCUCUCUGCUGGCGGCCACCUCAGAAGCUCCGGGAGAGUACUUCUUCUCUGACGGCAUCCGGCUGAAGAAGUACCGUGGCAUGGGCUCCCUGGACGCCAUGGACAAGAACCUGGGCUCCCAGACCCGCUACUUCAGUGAGUGUGACAAGAUCAAAGUGGCUCAGGGGGUAUCUGGAGCAGUGCAGGAUAAAGGCUCCAUCCACAAGUUCGUGCCCUACCUGAUCGCCGGCAUUCAGCACUCCUGCCAAGACAUCGGCUCCAAGAGCCUCACUCAGCUCAGAGCCAUGAUGUAUUCUGGUGACCUGAAGUUCGAGAAGAGAACCACAUCCGCCCAGAUGGAGGGAGGUGUCCACAGUUUGCACAGCUAUGAGAAGCGUCUAUACUGAAGAGAAGUCUUGAUGUCAUCCGCCCUCCUUGCCAAUCUACAUCCACGCACAUACAGAUGUUUUCACACACUCCAGCACGAACACACACACACACACACACCUUUACUUUACAACUUUAACCACCCGCCAUCAAAACCUCAACGUCCUUCUGCUGUGGUCUUCCCAGUCUUUCUUCACAUGAACAGACCGUGUUUUAGUGUGUGAAUGUUUGUGUUUGUAUGUGUGUAUGUGUGUGUAUGCCUGUGAGUUCUCUCUCUCCGUUUGUUUGUUGGAGUGUUCGUUCCAAAUGCCUUGUUUUACCAGAGAUGUGACCUUGACAAAUAAGAUUAAAUAAGCAAGAUUUUUCCACAAA